AUGGGUAGCGACACGAUUUCCCACGCAACAAUUCAGACCGAGGCGUCUCACCCCGACGAUGACAGUCUAAAGGGCGGGGAGAGACUCACCGUCAAUGAGAAUCAUGUGCUUCAGGAUCGUAAGAUUGGAGUGCUGGGAGCCAUCUCCCUGAUUGUCAACAAGAUUAUUGGCGCCGGUAUCUUCUCUACCCCGUCGACCAUCUUCAAGCUCUCCGGCAGUGUGGGAUUGUCGCUGCUCCUCUGGGUGGUGGCCGGAAUCAUCUCGGCGUGCGGUGCCCUGGUGAUGCUGGAAUUCGGCAGUGCGAUUCCUCGCUCGGGGGGUAUCAAGGUCUAUCUGGAGCGAUCGUUUGCCCCCAAGCGGAUGCAAACGUGCAUCUACCUCUUCUUCUGCUUGUUCCUGCAGGUCUCCGCCAGCAACGCCAUCACUGCCUCAGAGUAUCUCCUGUCCGCUGCUGGAGUCGAGUCGACGACCUGGAAGGAACGAGGGCUGGCCAUUGCGGCUGUAUCUUUUGCAGUCGGCGUCCACACGGUCGCUCCCCGAGUUGGGCGGGGGUUGCAGGAUCUCCUGAGUAUGGUUAAGCUCUUUACUCUACUGUUCAUCGUAUGUACAGGGUUUGCCGCUCUGGCGGGUCAUCGACGCAUCCCCAAUCCCCAUAACUUCGACGUGAAGACAUCUUUUUCCGGCACCUCCAAUAACGGAUAUGAUAUUGGCACGGCUCUUCUGGACGCCAUCUUCUCGUAUCAAGGCUACGACAAUGUCAAUGCCGUCCUCUCCGAGGUGAAGAACCCGGAACAGACCCUGCGCAUCGCUCUCCCAUGCGCCAUGGGUAUCAUCACGGUCCUGUACGUUCUAGCCAAUGUGGCUUAUUUUGCUGGUGUGUCCAAGGAGGAAUUCCGAACUGCCAGUGUCACCAUUGCGGCCAGCCUAUUCCGUAAUGUGUUUGGCGAGACUGCCGCAACCCGAGCCCUACCUGCCCUCGUGGCUCUGUCCGCUAUCGGCCAUUUAUUGGGGGUCGCAUUUGUCGUCCCACGCCUGCUACAAGAGCUCGCGAAGGAUGGCAUCACCCCGUUCCCGGACCUUAUGAUGCAGAACCGACCAUUCAAGACCCCGAUCGCAGCGCUGGUCGUGCACCUGGGCGUUACGAUUUUGUUCAUCUGCGCUCCACCCGCGGGCGACGCUUUUUCUUUCGUCGUCGGACUCUCCUCCUAUCCCAUGUGCGUGAUGCUGACGGCCAUCACGGUGGGUCUGGUGAAGAUGCGGCUCUCACCGUCCGAGGGGUGGUCAUCGUCCUACACCGCGCCAUGGGCAGUCAUUGCCUUUUACCUGGCCGCCAACAUCUUCCUUUUGGUCAUGCCGUUUGUUCCUCCUAAUACGAGCAAAUCAAGUAUCCCGUACUGGCUAAGUCCAGUGGUGGCCCUAGGGAUCUUGGGACUCGGUGUGAUCUACUACCUUCUACGCUUUGUGGUUCUGCCGUGGCUGUUCGGCUAUAGUCUCCAUCCAGUGACCAAAGACCUGACGGAUGGGUCGCAGGUCACCCGCUUUUCAAUGCAGAAGAACGGUUCCGUCGAACCUUCUUACUGAUUA